UUUCUCUCCUCCCCGCACCCCUGAAGCGUUUUCUUCUGCUCCUUCCCACCGCCGCGGGCGACAUGGCGAGCAGAGACCGGUGCUAGGGUUUGCGCCGCCGCCGCCACCACCGCCCACUCCAUUCCCCCGCCCCCCUCUCCGUCGACCCCAGCCACUCCCGAGCCCUCCCUCUGUCGGAUCGCAUCUCCGCCCCAGCCCUCCGCCGCGGGAACCCAGGUCGCGGCCCAAGCUCGCCCCGACGCCCAGUCGCCGCCGAGCUUCGCCCCGAGGUACUCAAAGCUCCUAAGAUGGCGGAUGAGGAACAUGCUCAAACCUCUCGGAAGAGGGUUGCAGAUAAACAAAUCAACAAGGACAAUCCUGAGCUUGAUGAUGACUCACCGGAGCAAGAGGGAGGAACAUUUAAGAAAGCUAGUGAGGAAGUGAUGGCAACCCGAAAAAUUGUAAAGGUUCGGCGCCAGCAGCCGUCGUCAGCUCCUUCUUCCAAUCCUUUCUCUGCAAUUAAGUUUACCACAAGUGAUUCCAGUGUUCAAGCAAGUAUUCCUGUCUCAAAACCUCCACCUUCUGAUGUCACAACGUCAAAUGUAAGGAGCUCAACUGAGAAAGCUGAUGAGGUCAGCAAUGGAAGUGGGAAAGAUGAUGUCAAGACUGCAGAUUCUAAUGAGGUAGCAGAGAUUCAAAAGGAUGAAUCGGGCCUGAAUGAAUCAAAUGCAGAAAACAAGUCAAAUGCGCCAAUGGAAGCACACUCUUCACUUACUGAAACUGAUAAGAAGGCAGGCAGCACAGAGGGUGGAACUGGUGAGGACAAAGUGCUGGUUGGAGAACCCAAGGUAGAUAACAGCAAGACAUCUGGAAUCGAGGGUAAAACAGAAGAUGAAGGGGUUAAAGUGAAUGAAGGUGGAGAUGAAGAUAAAAGCAGCAAGGACGGCGCUGAGAAGAAAGAUGAAUCUGAAUCAGGGACCAAGGAUGAAGUGAAUGAAGGUGGAGAUGAAGAUAAAAGCAGCAAGGACGGCGCUGAGAAGAAAGAUGAAUCUGAAUCAGGGACCAAGGAUGUAUCAUGUGAGCAGAAGAACGCUGAUAAUAAAGGGCAGUCAUCAUCACCGACACCUCUCUUCUCUUUUAUGAAUGUGUCAAGUGGCCAUAAUGCCUUCACGGGACUGGCUGGGACAGGGUUUUCAGCCUCAUCAUUUUCCUUUGGCUCAGCUUCUAAAGAAAGCACAAACGCUCCCCUAUUUGGGCUAAAGAGUGACGGUUUGUCCUUCCCUUCUUUCAAUAUGGGUGGUACGAACAACAACGGGAGUUCUGUUCCAUCGCUUGUCACUGCAGCAGAAGCACCAAAGAAAUUCACCAUGCCAGAGGUCCCAGUGGAGACAGGCGAAGAGAACGAGAUGGCUGUGUUCACCGCAGACUCCGCAAUGUACGAGUACCUCGAUGGGGGCUGGAAAGAAAGAGGAAAAGGGGAGCUAAAGCUGAACGUCCCUGUGUCUGGCGGCGAGAGGUCCCGGCUCGUUAUGAGGGCCAAGGGUAACUACCGGCUGAUCCUGAAUGCGAGCCUGUACGACGACAUGGCGCUGAAGGACAUGGAGAAGAAGGGCGUGACGUUCGCCUGCGUCAACAGCACCGGGGACUCGCCGACCGGGCUCACCACGUUCGCCCUCAAGUUCAAAGACACUGGCGUCAGGGAUGAUUUCAAAGCCGCGGUGGAGGCGCACAAGGCGAAGAAGGCCUCGGACGCGAUGCCCAAGACGCCCGAGAGCUCCCCCAAGGUGUCUAAUGACUGAACGAGACCGCCCUGGUUGCGCGUUUCGAUGAUGCGUAUGCGGGUUGGAUGGGGGAGAGGAGCUGACUGACAUUCUCCCUGUUCAUUCGGAGUCUAAAGUGCACCAUUUUCUGUAUUCUGUAUCCCCAUGUCGUGAUGCCUUAAGAUACAUUUUGCAUGCACGCGGUUACUUGGUUUCCUGCUGCCGUUUUGGAACGGUGGGUGGUCUGUUGAACAUUUAAUUGUUGAGUCACAGUUUUAGCUUAACCGGAGAGACGAGGGAGACUAUUAAUUACAUCCUGUGGGCACCGAUCUGAGCUAUAUUCAGUAAUUAGUAAUGUCCGGAAAUCAGUCAUUCA